AAAAAGAAACAAAACACAGAUAUGUUUAAUUCCUCAGUGACUUAAACUGUUACUCUUUACUAAAAAUCUGAAUCUGUAAUUUUUGUAUAUUACAGUUUUUCUCAAGUGCUAAAACACAAAAGCCAAUCCUCUAAACCAAAUGACCAGUUGUCUAAACACAUUUACUAAAUCUAGCCAUCAUUUUCCAAUAUCAUAAACACAUUUCACAUGAAGACACAAUUCACAAAACACAAUCCUCCGUUCUCAUAAAUCUUAACACAUUUUUUUUGCUAAAACACAAGUUGCAAAAGAACUCUGCUCAUAUUCUCAAAUGAAAGCUCAUGUGAUGCAAAAUGCUUGCCACAGUCAGCAAUAUUUGAACACAAUGAACACACCUGGCGUCAUUCAUUACACACAACAACUCAAAAUUGAAGACACUUGUUGCUAAUGCUGUGACCACAUGUACAAAUGCAAGUUCAGAGUGCACAGUUUGCUGAAGAUUCCAAACAAACACAAUGGAUGAAGGCAGAGUCAGGGGAAGAGGAAUUCAAAUCAGAGGAGGGAGAAGAGCUGGCCAUGGAAGAAGAGGAGCAGGCCAAUGAGGAAGAGGAGUUCAAAUCAGUGGAGGAAGAGGAGCAGGCCAAUGAGGAAGAGGAGUUCAAAUCAGAGGAGGAAGAGGAGCAGGCCAACGAGGAAGAGGAGUUCAAAUCAGAGGAGGAAGAGGAGCAGGCCACCGAGGAAGAGGAGUUCAAAUCAGAGGAGGAAGAGGAGCAGGCCAACAAGGGAGAGGAGAAGGUCCAGGAGGGAGAGCAAGACAACCUCGCACCAUCAUUACGGACGAGAUGCGAGCAACAGUCAUUGACCAUGUCAUUGUCCAUGGCAUGACAAUGGCUGAAGCAGGACAACGAGUCCGUCCAAACCUGAGUAGGUUCACUGUGGCCACCAUUAUCAGGGCAUUCAGACAACUAACAGGUAUUGUACUGUAUUGCUUUCUUUGUCACAAUACAAUUUUACAAGCCUGUGAUAGUAGUCUAUUGGUUUCAAAUCAGUUGUUACUGUAUUGUAAAACUGACAACACAUGUUUCUUUCUUUAGAGUUGAAAGAAUGGCACAUAGAGGUGGGAGGGUUGCCAUAUUUACAGCGGCACAAGAAACCCUCAUUGUGGAUAUGGCUCGUGAGAACAACCUCAUCAGACUCCGGGAGAUCAGAGACAAAGUCAUUGCCGAUAAUGUCAACUUUGAGGGUUCCCUUUGAGCGCAAUUCUGCGCGACACAAAGACCUACGUUACGAGAAUGUGCAAAGGAUAUUACAGUCGGACACGAUGGCCAGACCUCAUGAGUACCUCUUCCUGGAUGAGGCUGGCUUCAACCUGCAGAAACGAAUGAAAAGAGGCCGUAACAUCAUUGGCCAAAGAGCCAUCACUGAGGUUCCUGGCCAACAGGGGGGUAAUAUUACUCUUUAAACGGCCAUGGGUUUCGAGGGGCUUGUCCACCAGCAUGCUGUCCUGGUCUUACAACACCCAACGUCUCCUCACCUUCCUAGAGGAGCUAAAAGACAUCCUCCUGGACCACCAACAACACCAUCCUGGGCCCGCACAUCAAAUUUAUGUGAUCAUUUGGGACAAUGUAUGCAUCCACAAAACAAACUAAAUCAGAGAGUGGUUCACCACCAACAGUAACCACUUUUUAAACGUCUGUCUGCCACCCUACUCCCCUUUCCUGAACCCUAUAGAGGAGUUCUUCUCUUCAUAGAGAUGGAAGGUUUAUGACAGACAACCAUACACUAGAGAGAACCUCCUAAGGGCAAUGGAGCUGGCCUGUGUUGACAUCCCAGUGGAGGCCUUCCAAGGAUGGAUUCCCUAUUCCAGGGCAUUUUUCCCGCGGUGCCUGGCAAGAGACAAUAUAGCCUGCGAUGUGGAUGAGGUGAUGUGGCCCGAUGCAGCUCAGCGACAUGUUGCCGCACAGUGAGUGUGGUGUGUGUGUGUGUGGUGUGAACAAAGUAAAUAAAAAAAACUUCACACCCUGAUCAUGUUUUCAAGAGUACUGUUGUGUGCAAUAGAUUCUGUUUUUGCAUUGAGUUGUGUUAUAGUAGUGUACAUGCAGAAUUUACUAUAGAUUUAUACUCUUCAUAUGAAACUCUCAAAUCUAAAUGCCUAAUCCUCUGCAGAGAUCUAAGAACAUCCAUUACUGUAAAGUUUCAAAAAUAUGCAUUGGCAGUUAUGAAACAAAGAACCUUUUCACAAAUUGAGCAUUGUGUUUUCAAUUGUUUUGCUGUAGUGUGUAAUGAUGUGUAUAGUGUUUACAUUUUUGAAAGCUUCGAGCUGCUCUUUUGGUGUGAAAGUUUGAGUUUUGAAGUGAGAAGGUGUGGUUGUGUUUAUGUAGCUUUAGAAAAGGGUGUUGUGUUUAGACAUUGGGGAACAUGGAGGAAACGUUUGUGAAAUGUGUUUUAGCAUUUGAGAAAAACUGUAAACAGAAAGAAAUAAUUAAUGUAAUCAGUGAUUCAAUGUAUGAACAUUUAAUU